AUGUCUCAACAAGUUCAGCAAGCUCCAGCAGGUCAACACUCGCAUGCUCACCCACACCCCCCGCAACCUGCUCAACAGGUUAUGCCCGCUCCACAACCAGACCCAGUCAUGCAGGCUCGCAUCGAUGCCGAUUUUAAGCCUGUAGACAUAGCAGUAGGAGGUCCGAGUACUGCAUUCGCUUUCUGCAACACGCACAAGCUAGAAAAGUGCAAGCAGUGCAACAUAGACUUUACUGCUCUCAAUCGCGUUUCGAAAAUUCUCGUCACGAACCCUACCUUGCGCUGUCCACCUCCUCCAACCGUUGUGCAGCAGAAACUCUCGCAGGCAGUGACGAAUAUGAAGGAUGAGGGCAAUAACCUAUACAAACUCAACAAGACCAGAGAAGCACUCUCAAAAUAUAACAUGGCAGCGAGUAUAGCUGUGCAGAGACCAGCUUGGGAAAGUGCCGCAAUACUACGAGAAGAGCUCUCAACUGUUGUGUCUAACCGCUCAGCAGCUCUUCUUGAGCUCGGUGACUACCUUGGCGCACUCGUUGACGCCUGA